GACUUAAACGUGAACAGCUGAAAGAACGAGAGAGGGAAAGAGAGAGAGAAAAAAAGAAAGAGAGAGAGAGAGAGAGGAUGGGGCGAUGGGCAGAAACACACGCCACAUUUGUCCUGGAAAUAGUGACUCGCGCUGUACUGUCUGUCAUAUUUCUAGAGCUGGAGAAUGCGUCGCCCUUUGUCCGCAAGAUUCACCGUGAUGAACUCUGGCUUUACAAGAAUCCCCGCACUCCCUCCUAUGUCCCCAACGGCCUGCUGUGGCCGCUAGUGUUCCUGGUUCCGACGAGCAUCAUGGUGCUGUACUACUUGGUGAAGAAGGACCGCACGGAGCUAACACAGGGACUCCUCGCCUUCUCCCUCGCCCUGGGACUCAAUGGGGUCGUUACUGAUAUCAUUAAGCUCUUUGUGGGACGCCCACGACCAGAUUUCUUCUAUCGCUGCUUCCCGGAUGGGCGACCUGACCUCGAUGACCUGGUGGAUAUUGGGUCGGCCUGCACUGGGGAGCAAAUGGCCAUACAGGAAGGCAGAAAGAGUUUUCCCAGUGGCCAUUCUUCUUUCUCCUUCUGCAGCCUGGGGUUCCUGAGCCUGUGGGUGUGUGGUAAGCUGGGGGUGUUCAAGCAGCGGCGAGGGGAGGGCUGGAGGCUGGUGGUGGCCAUGGUGCCCUUGCUGGUGGCUCUAAUGGUGGCCCUCUCUCGCACCACGGACUACCACCACCACUGGCAAGAUGUGCUUGUAGGAUCAAUGCUGGGCCUCCUCAUCUCCUAUCUGUGCUACCGCCAGUACUACCCGCGCCUCUCCUCCCCACACUCACACCUUUCCUACCUCAUGGUGCCCUCUGUCCUCACACCCAAGCAGAACGGCGCAGGAAGGAGAGGGACCCGCCCACAGCAGUACAUUGACCCAGAGUCCCCAAUGGAAGAACAAGUCAAGUGGAUUUCCUUUACAUAUUUAUUUAAGCACAUCUCACCAAGACUAUCACGAAGCAAUUCUACUUAAAAAAAUAAGUAUAAUCAUUUUCCAUUCAUGUGUGUGUGUGUGUGUGUGUGUGUGUGUGUGUGUGUGUGUGUGAUGACUACUGGUUCCAUUCCACUUCAUUCCAGGUAGUAAAGAGAAGCAGGUAUAUUUUAGGAAAUCAUUUUUAUAUCUUUGUAACCCGAUGCGUGAUUGACAGCUUAGCGGGGUCCAAUACAUAAGCUGCUGUUUGUCCUAUCUUUGUGUUCCCUUGUGUUCGUAUUCUCCAUCCCAUUAUAUGAGGUUGAUAUCAUAAUUACUCGGUUUUUUUUCCAUAUAACGUAUUUUUUUUUUUUUUUUUUAUUGUAUUACGACUAUUAAGUCAUACGAUUGUUGUGAGAAAAUGUGAAGGGUGAUGAUUAUUAUUUUUCAUAUAAUUGACGUGUUUGGUGAAUAAAAUACAUGGUGAAUUCUC